AUGUGCAAAACUUUUCAAUGUGCCAAUCCGGGCAACCCGGCAACCGAUAUAAACCGAAAAAUCCGCUGGGCUCCAAGAGUCUUGCCCGGGGGCCAAACAAUAAUACCUGGAUCUAAAAGUAGCGAGCAAAGCUAUUUCCAGGUAUCCAACCAGCAAGCUCCCCCUGUUUUCGGUAAACAACGCUGGGAUAGGUUUGAAAAUCGGGUUGACAGAGAUUUCAAUCAGGAACAGGAUGCGAAUGACUUGUAUGAUAUAUCAAGAUCAAGAGCAUAUCCUAGGCAUCCAAAUACCCAUCCAAAUACCCAUCCAAAUCCUUAUAUAAACGACUUCGUUCCAGGGACUUAUGUUAUGAGACCCCCUCCUAGAAUCCCCGUAAACCCCCGUUUAAGCUUGGGUGUUGACCUUCGGCCACAUCUUUCAGUGGCCUAUAACCAACUGGAAAUGAACAGCUGUGCUUCUCAUGCCGUAGCCGGCGCAUUUGAAUUUUUGAUUAGAAAGGCAGGUCAAAUCUAUUUUACCCCUUCCAGGCUAUUUAUUUGGUACUAUGCCCGCUUGAAUUCACAGAGUCCCGGAAAUAUAUACCACAGAGCCACCGACUUCAAUGACGGUACUUCUACUGAGGAUGCUCUCCGUGUUCUGGAAAAAGGUGUCUGUUCUGAAGAUCUUUGGCCUUAUAUACCCAGUAGAAGUAAUCGGAGGACCGGUAGAUUCCCUCCUGAUGCCAUGGCAGCAACCGAGCCCAAUGAACAAGCGAGACGCUUUGCCAUUCAGAAUACUGCAACAUAUGAGCCGAUUAACACCGAGAACCUACACAAUAAUCUCAUACAUUGUCUCGAUAGCGGGUUUCCCUUUAUAUUUUCAAUGAGCGUGCGCGAUUGGCUUUACAAGAAAAACCUCAAUGCAUCCAACGGCUAUCAAAUGCAAGUGCCAGAAAACCCAAAGAGCGAUAAAUAUGCAGACGACUGGCAUGCAUUCCUAGCAGUUGGUUACAAACCACAGAAUAGCUUAUUUAUCAUUCGGAACUCAUGGGGUCCUAACUGGGCUGACCAUGGCCAUUUCUAUAUGGCCUACCAUUACAUGAGAGCUUAUUGCACUACGUUCUGGACUGUUCGCGCGAAACCUAUACAGGGGAGACGCGUUUAUAAUUAA